CUCACUCUCCAGCCAAAGUAUUAAGUAUGUAUGUUCAUAAUAUACUUAAUUAAUUAUAGUGUGAUCGACACAACUAGCUACCAGUACUUAAUUAAUUAGUAAUACUACUAGUUGCUAGUGUGUGUGAGACUCCACUGAGAGCAUAGCUAAUAUAUAGCAUCUGCCAUCCUCAUCUUCAUCCGACAAGGAAGGAAGGAACUCAACACAAGUUUCAUUCUUAGCAAUAACUAAUUAAUAGAGAUAUAUCAUUUCAUUCAUAUCUUCUAAUCCAUCGAUGGAAGAAUAUUCCGGCGAAAAGGAGCAUUAUGAUGUGGUGAUUGUUGGCGCUGGAAUUGCUGGCCUCGGAACUUCCUUAGGACUCCACAGGUUAGGGAUCGGGAGGAUUCUGGUUUUGGAGUCAGCGGAUAGCCUGCGGGUGACUGGAUUUGCCUUAGGAUUGUGGCCUAAUGCCUGGAGGGCAUUAGAUGCUCUUGGGAUCGGCCAGUACCUCAGGGAGACGCACCUUCAACUUACUGGGUCACCCACUCGCUUCCGUGGUUUCGACAUCAGCUAAUUCAGGGCUUCCCACGUCCGAUACAACUUUUGCCGCUGUACCUUCACGGGGAGAUCUCAAUGUUGGAUGCGUGGUCAGAAAGGCGCUGCUGGAAACACUGGCGAAUGAACUUCCACAGGGCACGAUUCGGUAUUCCUCCAAGGUGGUGCGUAUACAAAACCAGGGCUGCACCUUCAAGUCUAUCCAUCUUGAAGAUGGAACAUAUCUUACAACUAAGGUUUUGAUUGGAUGUGACGGCGUAAACUCUGUCGUAGCAGACCAUCUUGGUUUCAGCAGGCCAUCUUUUGUUGGUCGAUCAGCUGUUAGGGGCUUUGUACACUAUGAAGAUGGCCAUGGUUUUGAUCCGAAGCUGUUCUUCUUCUUCGGAAGAGGUGUUCGAUACGGUAUCAUACCAUGUAAUGAUCAUGGACUUUACUGGUUUCUAACUUUUUCUCCUUCUCCCCAAGAAAACAAUGCUGCAGAGAAAGGCAUAGAGGAAGAUCCAAUAAAGUUGAAGCAAUUCAUACUAAGCAAGCUUGGAAAAGUUCCUGAUAGGUUCAGGGCAGUGUUCGAGAGAACUGAACUAGAAAGCAUGGUGUGCGCGCCGUUAAGGUUCAGACAUCCGUGGGAAUUGCUAUGGGGAAAUAUAAGCAAAGACGGUGUGUGCUUAGCCGGGGAUGCAUUGCAUCCUAUGACGCCGGACAUAGGGCAAGGGGCGUGUGCGGCGCUGGAGGAGAGUGUGAUUUUAGCGAGGGAAUUGGCGCAGGCCUUGAAGACGAACCAUUCGAGUGAUAGUUUGGAGAAAGAGCAGCGAAGAAUCGAAAACAGCCUAGAGAAGUAUGCAAGGGAGAGAAGAUGGCGAAGCGUCGAUCUGGUUAGCACGGCGUAUAUGGUGGGCGUAAUGCAGCAGAGCCAUGGGGCUGUCAUGAACUUUCUCAGGGACAAAAUAAUGGCUAAGUUUCUAGUCGGAGCACAGAUGAAGAAGGCUGAUUUCGACUGCGGGACGCUCACUGCAUCAGCGUCUUGAUCUAGACGAUAUUACCGAGUUUCUUACUCAAUGCCAUGUCUUUGUUCUUCAUAAAAUUAAGCAUUGAGUUAGAUUCAGUCUGAUAAAAAAGAAAUGAAGAUUUUUUAAGUUA